AUGACACUUCGUCAUUGUAGUUACCAAUAACGGAUGGGGGAAUAAAAAAAAAUACUGUCAAAAGUAAAAGCCGAUUUUGAUGAUGGAUUUUUUAGAUGUUCUACAAAAAUGUGUUUAAAUAAAUAGAAGCUGUUUUACAUAAUGAGACAAGAACCUUUUAUGUCUUUUGUGGAUCGGCACAUUUACGUGCUACGAGAGGAAUGAACGCUUUGUUUUAAUAUCAUGUCAAGGUGAUUAUUGUGCAAUCUAUAAUAAUGGGCAACCAGAACAGUUGCUGUUGCUACCGCAGCCCGUCGCCCAUCAGGAAGGACGUGGUGAAGCUGGACGAGUACCCGGCGGAGGGCGAGGCCAGCUCCAACAACAUCCAGCACAUCAGCGAGCGCGAGCCCGACGACGGCGACCUCGACCCCUCGCAGGACCCCAUCGCCGGCACCAUCUUCAUGGAGAGAUCCAAACAGUCCCUAGAAAAUGGCAUGACCAGAAAGAGGAGCCAACAUCAAAUAGCUGAUAACAAACUCAAGAAAAGCAGUUCCUGUUCCACUAUUUACUUAGAUGAUAGUACUGUGUCACAGCCCAACUUAAAAAAUACAGUCAAGUGUGUUGCGUUGGCCAUCUACUAUCACAUUAAAAACAGGACUUCUGAAAGAAGACUUGACAUAUUUGAUGAGAAGCUUCAUCCUCUCAGUAAGGAAGGAGUCAAUGAUGACUAUGAUAGAUAUAAUCCUGAGCACAAACAAAUCUACAAGUUUGUGAGGACUCUGUUCAAUGCUGCACAGCUAACUGCCGAGUGUGCUAUCAUCACUUUGGUAUAUUUAGAGAGGUUACUCAUAUGUGCAGAGUUGGACAUAGCUCCAUCUAAUUGGAAGAGGAUAGUGCUGGGCGCCAUCUUGCUGGCUAGCAAAGUGUGGGACGACCAGGCUGUGUGGAAUGUGGAUUACUGCCAAAUCUUAAAAGACAUCACAGUGGAAGACAUGAAUGAACUGGAGAGACAGUUUCUAGAGAUGUUGCAGUUUAACAUCAAUGUACCAUCCAGUGUAUAUGCUAAGUAUUACUUUGACUUGCGCACUUUAGCUGAGGCGAAUGACCUGGCAUUCCCCAGUGAGCCACUGAGCAAGGAACGGGCACAAAAGUUGGAAGCAAUGUCUCGAGUUAUGGAAGAUAAGAUUGCAGCUGAGGUUCUUAAAAAUGGAAUAAAGAAAUGGUCUAGCUUGGAUAAUGUCAAUUCAGGCGCUGGGGUGAGACGAAGUGUCGCCAUAUUGUCUUAAUCUCUUAGUCAUAUGAUCAUGAUUGCGAAGGCUAAAUGCAAAAAGACAUGCUUGCACAUUCAUGUGUUUUAUUAGUAUUUCUCAAUAUUGCACUUUCAUUUUAUUUUGCUCCUUCUUGUUUUAAUAAUCUGGUAAGUCUAUUCAUAAUCAUUGCAAUGUUAGUAGUUCUAAAGGAUUCAUUUGAAUUUAAUGUAAUCACUAUUUUAAAUCAUAUUUCAUAAAAGGUGCUGUAUUCUGUAGUGAUUACUAUUUUAUAGUUCACCAAUCAUGUAUUGAAGUAAGAAAUUCCACAUUAUCAUUAGAUAAUUUGAAGAAAUAACAUUAGUCACCACUUCAUAACUUGAUACAGUAUAAUAAUUAUGUUUUAACAAAAAGACUUAAAGGAGGUCCAAUUUAUUUUUUCAGUAUAAAGCAAACUUACAAUUUAUUUUCUUUUUAAGACUAUCUUUGUAGUAACUAUUUGGCUUACAAGUAUUUUCAUUUUAAAAACUUAGUUUAGUACAUAGCAGCACUAACUAAAUAGGUUGCUUCCAAAAGUAUGCUACUUAG